AUGAUAAAUUAUUUUUGUAAUUUUAGGCAUUUAUUAUAAAAAAAUGCUAGCUAAUGUUGCAAAAAGCUCUAAUAUUUUAAGGUUUAAACUUUUUACUAUUCUUAACAAUUCUAUUUCUCUAUAAAUAAUGAUAGUAAUAAAGAUAUAGAUUUGGAAAUUAAUCAAGUUAAAAAUGUAUAAUCUCCUCAAUCAAAACCUCAAAAAAAAGAAAGGAUAAAACCUUAAAUUGAUGAAAAAGAUUUAGAAUGGAAGUUUGUUAAGGGAUCUGGGCCUGGAGGAUAGUCAGUAAAUAAAACAAGUAAUAAUGCUGUUUUGAUUCAUAAACCGACUGGUAUUCAAGUUCGUUCUCAUGCAAGUAGGGAAUUGGAUAAGAAUAAAUAAUAUUGCAUGAAAUAGCUGUCAGAAAAAUUAGAUGUUCUAAUAAAUGGAGAAAAUAGUAAAAAAAUGAAAAAAGAAGAAAAAAAGAAAAAGUAGCAGGAUAGAAGAAAGAGGAAAAGUGCAGAAAAGUAUGGAAAUAAAUAGAAAAAUGAUGAAUCUAUCAAAAGUGAAGAUAAUCAAAAUACAUAGAAUUGA